AUGUGCAGGGAGGAGAAAGACGCGUGUCGGCGUGUGAAUCACGUUCUCCUGCCCCACGGCUCCCGGCGGGGGAUAAAAGCCCCGGCGGCGCACGGGGCGGCCCAGCCGGCUCCCGCAGCACCUCGGCCGCCAGCACCAGCCAUGAGCGCACACCCCCGCCGCCUGCCCCUCCUCCUCCUCCUCCUCCUCCCCCCGCUGCUGGCCGCCCUUUGCCGAGCCGCGCCGCUGGCCGGGGAGCUGCGCUGCCGCUGCCUGCGCACCGUGUCCCAGGUGAUCCCGCCGCGGCGCCUGGCCCGCGUCCAGCUGCUCGCCGAGGGGCCGCACUGCGCCGUGCCCGAGGUCAUAGCCACGACGAAGCAGGGACAGACGCUCUGCCUGGACCCCGCCGCGCCCUGGGUCAAGCUCAUCCUCACCCGGAUCCACCACAGUUCACAUAACCAGCUCUUUUAUGCCUUCUGCUUUCUCUAUUUAAUAUUUUCAUUGUCAGUUUGGUUCAAUUGUAGACAUUAUAAGCUUCCCUUUCCUUUCCUCACAGAGAGGAUGCUGGCAGCGGAGCUGCGGUGUCACUGCAUCCAGACUGUCACAGGAUUGAUGUUGCCAAAGCACCUGGCCAACGUAGAAAUCAUUCCUAAGGGCCCACACUGUGCCACUGUGGAAAUCAUAGCAACACUGAAGAACAGCCAGCAAAUCUGUUUAGAUCCCCAGGCCAAAUGGGUGAAGAUGCUAAUUAACAAGAUUCUACACAGGUAACUGCCAGGAUUACCUAGUAACUGGAAUUAUUCUACCAAAGGGCAUAUUUUUUCCAGAAUAAACAUCAACAUGUGUGCAAUCUUCAGUGCUUUUCCUCUGAGACCCAUUUGCAUAGUUGUCACACUAAGAAAGGAGGUUUCAUCAAACUGUUUAUACCUGAUCAGCCUGACAGUUUCCCAAGAAAGACAAGAUGUUUGUGUCUGACCACCCUUCUACUACGCACGUUUUGACAGCCCAUUGUACUGGAGGGCGAUUCAACUAACCUAUUCAGGGACCUCUGCUGACAGCGUCACUGAGACAAAUCCCUUACGACAACUACUCAAAUCUCUGGAAUCUUACGCAAAAUGAACUUCAGCUGAAGAUUUUUAUUAUACAAAAUACAAGUCUGUGACAGAGUAAAGUUCAAAGAUUGCCAGUGAUUAUACACUGACUGCAAAACAAGCCUAAAACAAUACACUUAAUAACAGCUAGCAUGAGUUAGGCAUAGAAUAAAGUUCUCACCCAGCAGGCGUCCCUAUGGGGGUAGAAGACAGGUUCAGCCCAUCGACUGUUCCCAGAAGUUACGAUGGAGUCUCCCCUAACUUCUCCCCUCAGUUGUCCACUUUUUAUAUUUCAUAGUACAUUGCAUAUUCAUUAUCAUACUCAAGAUUGGUUAAAAGUUUCUCGCUUCCAACGUAAAUUAGUGCACACCCUCAGAUAGCACUGCUGAAGUUUUUCACUAACGCCACGCGCUCUCCAAGAGGGGUUUUGCCCUUUUCCAGGAUGGCCUAUUUGAGUUGAGGGUCACGAUCUCCCACUAACACAGUUACUUUUGUCCCACUUUCAACUAAGUUUCUGUUGAUGUAUGGGGGUCGUGACACCUUAUCAGCUUGUCAGCCAGAACUUACAGCUUUAGAGGGUGCGUCAGCUUGACCUAACCUUGUGACACUAAAUUGAAGUGUGGUAUUUCAGGAGUUUAGACAACAAUUUUAGAUUUAUUUCAGUCCAGGACCAGUCCAUUUUCUUUGCAUUUAGGUGGAGCUUGAGUGACUCUGGUCAUAGAUAUUUUUGUUACUGAUUGCUAUCACGUACCCAGUGAGAUGCAGGCAGGUAACUUUGGGGUGGAGGUGUGUGUUAGUAUUACAAUGAGAUUGUUUCAUUUAAGGAAAGUAAUUUCACCACAAUGGUCAGUUCAGCAAUGGACAUCAUCUCAUAUAUUCUUCAUGUGAGAACUGCUAUGAAGCUUACCAGACCGUCAGAUUCCUCUUGCUGCAGGGAGCACGACAGAGCCUGGCUGCGGUGUCUCUGCUCCGCUCCACCCUCUGUCAUUCCCGUCAGCAUGUGCUGAGCUGGCAGGAUGCACUGUCUGGGGAGCUGUGGUGAUGUAGAUUCCAUGCAUGCCAGCCGUCCUGAAAGGCAGAGCUGUAUUCUACCCUAAAAAGCUUUCUGUGAUACUAUGCUUCUGUUAGGUCCCAGAUUUCUCUAAUUCCCCCCAAGUAAUUUUCCCACUAUAAAGCAGGGCUAGGAAUACAGGGACACUAGAUUUAGUUGAACUUUGGACAAGGCAGAAACAAGGCCUACCUGAUAGAUCUUAGUAAUUUAAAACAAACAAACCGUUAUGUGUCAUAUUUUUCAAACAAGUAUAUUGAUCCAGGCUUCCUCAGGGUUGCGUUCAGCUCCACAUCGCCAAGGGCAAUGUUUAGGCUUUCUGGAAGAACAGUCUUGGAAGCAACAGAGAAGUGUUAUUCAGCACUGCCCUGCGUCAACUGGUCUGCCCAAGAGACACAAUGAUCAUUAGGACAAGCUUCUCUUGUGUCUAUGGAUGGGUGCAACUCCUCAGAGAUAAAUUACACACAACAGCUAUCCAGGCAAACUUAUCCUAGAACAGUUUCAAGGGACUUCCCCCAAGUGCAAAUGAAUCAAACAUUCAACAAAAAAGAAAAAAAAAAAAAAAAGAAAACAAUUAUUUUAUUUUCCACUAAAAGUGAAGCUAUUUUUGUCUGGUUUUGAUGUUUGUAAAUUAAUCUCACUGUUUUGUGCCUGCUGUCACUCAUUAUGGUAUCUGUAUUACAGUUCAUCCAAGAAACGGCAUCAGUAAAGGAAAGAGGCAUCUCUGCAAGCAAGAGAAAGCUGCAUAAAAAUGCCAUUAGCCUUUAAAUGCCUCCAGGGUCAGAGUAUUCAUAAUUUCACUCUAGCAUUGUAUAUCCUCACUGCUCUCCAUGCACAGACUGUUCAUCUGGCAACAGAAACUGCUGGGCUCAGUAGGCUGUCACAACACUAGCAGACUCUCGUAUCUGAUGGCAAAAUUUUACAGGGUGCUUAACUGCAGAAGCAUUUAAAGCAAUAUCCUAACCAAAACCUAACCUUGCAUUGGUCAGCUGGAAACACCUGCACAAGUUUAGCAAUGCCAAGGAUUCAGUAGUUAUACUAAAUCAUCUCCAAGUUUAACUCUGAAGGGCUAUGAAGUACAGUUUUGUCUAGUUUAAAAGGGCUGUAGUUUUCAAAAUAAAGAAACAUUAACCAAAAGAGAUUCUUACGGAAAGACAGGGGGUGCGGGGGUGGGGGGGAGGACAGCAUUAAAAAGGAAAAGAAAGAGAAAAAAGGAAUUUCUUUAUAUCAGUAAAAACCUUUCUUAAAGUCAAUAUGGUCAAUGAAGUGAUGCAAAUCCUGUAAGAUUUCAGUGUUUAAAAACUGGGGUUUGGGUCUUUGCAUAUAAACUAUUCCUCUAAACUUAAAACAGUGGAGUCACAGUAAUUCUGCUUUUGUCACCAAGCUAUCAUUGUCACAAAGAAUUUUCCAUUAAAAAGGUUUUUAGAAGCCACAAAUUCACCUUUUCAUAAAUGAAAUGGGAAGCAAAUGUAUAUGAAGUACCCUUAAUGUUUUCAAACAUGCUCAGAGUCUUGCCACCUACAAAAAGAUUUAAGGUUCAUGCCCUCAUAUCUGCCAUUGCAAAAAUUCUUGCAGAAAUGUUACUCCUUAAACACUUAAAAAGUUCUUCUAACUUCCAGUCUACCUUUGCCCAGAAUUAAUUCAACUCUCCCAAUGUUUUCCCCCUGCAGUACCUUUGCAUAAAUACGUCUUUCCUUCUUUCCUCAAUAAUGUCUCUGUAAAAAUUCCCUAUAGUCCUUUUGGACAGCAUAAACCCUUUAUCCCUUUGCAAAAUAUAAAUACUUCAGUCUUCUAAUCACUCUCAUAUUGUUUUCUUCUUUGGCUCAUGCUGAUUUUUCUCAAGAUGGUUCUCAAACACAAUUAAUAUUUCAGGUAAAAUAUUGAUCUUGUUAUGAAAUGAUGAUACCUAAUUUCAAAACCAGGGAUCAUUAUAGUUGCUUGCAUGGCAGUUUAAUUGCACUGUAGACAGUUGUCCAGACAUAAGAGUGGAUUUCAGCAGAGGCAGUACUGAUGGCAUUUCACCAUCAGACAGGUAUCAUACUAAAAAUGAGAAAAGCCACAAGCUGAACCACCCUAACAAUUUUGAAAUAUCCAAGUUCCAAAGGACAUGGGAGGUGAUCCAGCUAAAUAGGGAGGAGGGGAGGAGGAAGGGCAUCUGUACAGUAGAACAAGAUAAAGUUCCAAGGAAAACAACAAAGGCAAUAACAGUUACAGUAUAAGAAAGAAGUAAGCAGAAUAGGUCUUUUUAGCCUGGAAAAGACAUGACAGAGGGAACAUGACAAAAUUCUGUAAUGCUGUAAAUGGCACGCUUAAGGAGAAGAAGGAAUGGUCAAUCACCAAUUCCAAUCUAAAAGAAAAACAGGGCAAAAAAUGAAGGUAGUAGAUGGCAGGUUCAGCAGAAACAAAAGGAAUGUGUUCUUCUUAAAUAGUUAGACUGUGCGAUUCUUUGCUACACCUAUUUGUGGAUAUUAAACACUGCCAGGGGUUCAGGCAGUGAGUAGACUAAUUCAUGAGGGAAAAUCCUGUAAGGCCUAUUCAACACAGAGAUGCUGUAUUUGCUCAAGAAGUUCCUCAACUUCAAAUUCCUGGCAUCUGGCAAAAUAUAGAGGAAAAGUAAUAGUGUAAAUUAUAUGUUUUCCCUGUUCUUUCCCAAGAAUUCAUUAUUGGUCACUAUGAGUGUCAAGAUACUGUUCUAGAUGAACGUGUAAUGAGACGUGAUGCUGCCGUUCUGCUCUUUUGCUCUUUUGUCCUAAGGCCCUGAACAUCACGGCCUUUCCAGGAUAGAAAGUAAGGCCUCUGUCACCUUGCAUUCUGCAAGCAGCUGAAAAAAUCUCCCCUAUACUCCAAAUGAAAUAAGAAGACAAUAAAACAGAGCGGUUUGUUUUGUAAAGUAUGCUGAGUCAACCUUCUGAUCCUCACGCUGCUGAUUUCAUACCCUAGAUUGACCACAGGAAUAGCAAUGUCAGCAUAAAAUAAAAGGAAACUAAUUUCCGCUGUGGAUGGAUGAUUUAGAAACUUGACAGCAUGACGAGGAAGACUAACUAUGGCCUUGAAAGAUUACGCCAUUCCUGUGUAUCAGAACCAUGUCAGAACUGGCGCAUAAAUUCUGCUUGAACUAAUCAUGUCCAGUAAACCACAGAAAAACCUACCCUUUCAGAAGCUCCUUCCCCUUAUAUGAAGGGGUUUUCCUUGUUCCUGGAACCACCACCCAAUUUAACAUGCACAUCUACCAGUGUUAAUUUACAGUGAAUGAGGACUCAGCAUUUGAUGGCCUCUUGCUUUGUCCUCUGUUCCUGGCAGUCAGUGAAGUGGGAUUUCCCCAGGUAGAUAUAUUUUGCUUGCAGUAGUAACAGACAGGAGAUACCUAAUUAAAGGUCAGUCCCUUUAAACACGAAAGAGUUCAGGUGUUAAAAGCAUCACAGGUAGACUUACCUCUCUUUUUAGUCAAUUUUUAAACUAUUUGAAAAAACAGUUUUGUCUCUGUAUUUCAUUGACAUUUUAAAAUAUUCUUCUCCAUCUUGAGUUGAGGAGGAAAUGAAAAUCUUCCCUAAGGACAAAUCUUUUCAAGCAAAACACAGUGACUACUGUUUAUUUGUUUUGGUUUGUUUGUUUUUUUUGGUUUGUUGGGUUGGGUUUUUUUCAAAAACAGUAAUAGGAAUUUUCAAAUCAAAUUGAGAGAAUUCUUCCACCCUGUGAUUUCCUGAAGUGAUUGACUAGCAAUUGCAAUGAAAAAUUGCUCAUCAUUAUGAAUCCCAACAUAACAUAGCAGUGCUAUAUUCAGUCUUUCCUGGGAAGCUUUGCUCAUCUUGGCAUGAGUAUCUGCACAACUUUAACCUCUCAUGAAGCAUUUUCUUGAUCCAGCUUCAUAAAAAGCCAAUGAUAAGUACAAAACAAAUUGUCCUCAUUCAGACAGUCACCAUCUCAGUGCAUCUUUUCCAUCUGCACAUUCUGAGUAAUGUAAUAAUGUUGUCACUGAGCUGAAACCACCAAAAACCAAGGCCAAGUUAUGAGAUAAUAUUGGUGCUGAGUAAAUUGGUGUGGUGAAUGAAAAGAAUUAGCCACAGCAACCUAGACACUUGCUAACACUGAUACAAAAUGGUGCCAGCAUAAAAACAUAUGUUACACCACUCUGCCAACAGGGCUAUUUAGGAGCCUGAAAUAUAGCAUCAUCCAUGUACUGCCACAGUUUUUUACCGGAAGGUACCUGCAGAGUCUGAAUUCUGCACUUCUUGUCCCAGCAUUAUUCUUUUCAUUCCUAAUGCCAAGUUUAUGUAAGACUGGUCAUCAACUAAGCAUCUCUGUGGGAGAUGCCAAUGAGUGUAGAGCACCAGGGUGAGAUCACAUUCAGACCAGACCAGCUGAAAUGUGCUUUGUAAAGCCAUAUACAGGAUGUUGCAUCCUUAUGUUGCAAUCUGUGCUGUCUUCGGCUAUCUUGAGGUUUUAAUAAGGUGAGCUGCUUUAUGAUUCUUCCUCAGUGAAUUACAGAAGCAAAUGUUCUAUGAAGAACAGGAGCAAGUGGACACUACAAGACUUCUGCAUUCAAAAGACUUAGUGUGGUCACUGCAAAGGUUGUGAGUUAUCUGUGAAGGAGUUGGGUCAGCAUUCUGAAAUGGAUCCAGUUAAUGAGAAAUGAAAUGAGAAAUAAAGCAUCAGUAAUUCUGCAUUAAAAGGCUUUGCAUAAGUCUUUAGAUCAAAACCUCCACAAAGUUAAUUGUAGCAUUCUUACCUCCUUGCACAGGCUUCACAUGAGGUCUGUAAUUCUAGGGUGCUCUGCUUCCCAUCUAAGUGCUCAGGUAGUUUCCACAGAAAGCGCUGGUAUGAAUAGUUUCUUAGAACAGCUGAAGAGAUUAAUAAGAUAAACUGAUCCAAAGGGGAAAGCAGCUGGACAAGUCCAGACCAAAAGGAAGAGGAAGAAGGAUGAGGAAAUGAAAAGGAAAUCUGGAAAAUAAUAAAACACUAAAGAUUCCUUAGAGGGUGUGACAUCUCCCUGCUCCUGUCUGCACUGGCCUGACUCAUUACAGCAUUAGUUUUGGCACUCUAAAUUAUCACCCAUGUCAUUAUAUGUCAGAAGGAAAUUUGCCAUUCUGAUGCCAGAUGUCAUGGGAAUUAUGUGGGAAUUAUGUGGGAAAUACUGAUUCACUGCAAGGAAAAUAAUAUAUUCAUAAAAAAAUCACCCAUAAGGCUUGUGGCACAAUAAAUAAAAAUAGCCUGCUUUCAGUAUUAAGUUAAAACAGUGAAUAUGCAUAUAAUUCUUUCAUAUGCAGAGUCAAAAUCAGAAAAGAAAUGUGGAUUCUUUUAGCCAUUCUGGUAUUUUGAAUACCAGCACUUGGGAUUUGAAACAGCCACUUCUGUCCAGCACUUCAUUCUAAGCCACAAGGGAGUAAAUGUCCAUUGGUCAGCAAGACAAGAUUUCUUGGUAAUGAAGAUAUCUUUGUCAGACUUGUUUGUAAUGAUGAUACCUUUAUUAGACCAACUACUUUAUGUGGGAGAAAUAAGUAUACGGACCAUGAAGCCUCCAUCGUGCCACUUUUAUAUUUCUUUAUAUAGUGAAAAUACCUAGUCAUUUAACUGUCCAGUAGAGUUUUGUAUUUUUUUGACAAAAAACACAUGAUGAACUUCAAGAACAACACUCUUGCUACAUUUGUACAAGGACAGACUUCCACAUGGAUGAAUGAGAGCAAAUUAAAACUUUUCUUAACUUCAGAGCCUUCUUCAGCGGGGAACUGAGUCUCUGCUCUACAGGAGGUAAUGACCUAUUACCACCCCUGACUUAACAAUGGGGAAACUGAACUCAUAAAUAUCCCAGAACUGUCAUACACUAUUGAAGGAUUGUCCUCCCAGUUCUUUAAAUCAACAAAUUACCACAUUCAGGAAUCUCUCCUACAGACAUUAAAAUCUUUUCUUGUCAACAAAAUGGAACAUCGUGGUAAUACGAUUGGAAAGUUUUAUAGGCAAACGUGCUUUUUAUCAAUUUGUUUAGCCUAAAUAGGAGAGAAGACUUCCAUUGGAUUUCUUCAUACCAUCCAACAGGAAGGAAUGGUAAAAACAGUUCUUAUUGAGAAAUGCAGUAAAGCACACAACAAGAUGUACAUUUCUACCUAUCUUCUGUUCUCUUUUAUUUUUAUGCUUACUCUGAUUGACACACAAAGGUUUUCCAGCAGAAGGAUUGCAUCUGGGUUGCACUAUAGCCAAGUCUUGCCCUUUUUGUUUGCACCAGAACUGUAAUUUAGUACUCUUUUCUGCAUGAAAUAGCAAUGGUCAUUUGCUAGUUGAACAGUAUUUUCUACGUUGUCAGCCUGUUUUCAAACCCUGUGAAGGAAAGUUGCAUAGUUAAAGGGUGGGUGUUGGGUGUUAAAGAGUUCCCUAGAACUCUUCUGCAGUAGGUGUGCUAUGGCAAAGAUUGCAAUUCCAGAUUCCUUAAAUCUCAUGGGAUUUUUCCCAUACUCUGAAUUAUUUGGCUACUUUUCUAAUGACUUUCUGUCCCACCCCACCUGACAUAUUACAUACCUCAAUCACAAGGUGUGAAAAGUUAGACCGGCAUCUUUAGGAAAUGGCCUCCAACUUCAUAUUUACACUGAUAGUAAACAUAAAAGUUCAACCUAGGAGUCACACGACUGCAGCCAACAGAGUUAUACUACAGGUGAACCUAGCCUGCAGAUGCCUUUGCCUCAUGACUGCCAUAUAUCUAAGUACUUGUCCUGUGGAACAACUCAUCAGUAUUUACUACGAAAAGCUUACUGAACUAUGGAAAAUACCAGUUCUCUCUACUGUGCAACAGCAAUUUUUCAUUUCAGGGUUUUUCCAAAGACACACCCAAUUUACUAGUCAUCAUCGCUUAACUAUUAGCAAAAUUUUCCUUCCAUGAAAACACAUGAAUAAUAGUAUUGUAAGGGUAGGAAUGCAUUAUAUACCUUAAACUCACUACUGGGCAGGAACUGGGUAGCACAUUAUGAUCAAGCUUGACUGUCAUCUUCUUUCCUGUGGGAGUGCUCUUAGACAAAUUAUUUUUAAGAUUAAAUUGUCCCCAUGCUCAUUCUGGAAGAUUUUUAUGUACUGAAGUUUUAGUCACAUAAUUUCAAUGACAGAUUAGUUGUUUUAUCUGAAGGUACAAGUACCCCCCCUCCCCAUAUAUAUCCCCACAGUAGUGCUGUAUAGUUAGAUGAAAAAUGAGAAAGAUUGAAAAGAAUGAUAUCAGAGCUGACACUUUGUAAAAACCUUAGGAAAAAAAAACCCCAAAAACUAGUGAAGAGAUGGAUUGGGGAAUGAAGAUGAAAAAUAAUUGUGAUUUGAGAUAAAAGGUUCCAAAUAUCCUCAGACAUUUCCUACAGUAAAUGCCAUUUUCAGAAGUGAUGUAAGCAUGUAAAUGUCUGAGUCGGACUGGAAGCCAGUAGAAUCUACGUGGCUAAAAGAGUUAAAAUUGUUCAUGGGUUAUGAAUUUAAGAUAUGAGUAGUAUUUGACAGUAAAAUUUGCUGAGGGGACUUAUUCUGAAAUACGAAUGACUUGUUCCAUUUCAUUCUUACCACUUUGCAAGUAAGAAAUGGCCAGUGUUCACAAUGAUUGUAACACUAGUACAAUUAUUAAUACUACAGUUAUAUCAUUCUAUCUUGGCUUCACAUUUCCCUGUUCAGACAAGCACAGUGUCACUUCCAAUUGUUUUGGAAUUUAAGGAGAUUUACUAACUGCACCAUAAAAAUCUUAGGUUAGAUUAGCAUUUGAGGGUGCUGCUGUCUGAAGCUUUAGAUAAUCCUCUUGAAGCACAUAAAUUCAAAGAGGUCCAGAUCCAUUAAAAUUCUACAUAAUGGCUAACAGCUUAGAAAAAUAGUUAUCAUCUUCUGCCUAAGCACCUGCAGGGAAAUUAAAAAUCUGUAAAUAUAUUUUUAGAACUCAAGUACCAACAACAAACGAAGCCAAUUUUUUUGACUCCUUCCCAGAUGGAACCAGGCACCACAUGCACUAAAGACAGGGCCAGGAGCAAGACUGGGGCUAUGACGUACAGUACUGCCAUGACAUACAAUACAAGCCUGCUGCGUUGACACAGCACAUAUGCUUCAAAUUCAGGGGGAAAAAAGAUGUUGUAAACGUCGCAUGAUUUCAGACACUAAGAAUGUAUUUCCUUUCUGGCUAAGCUCAUAUAGAGCAGAAUAAAUCGCACCAGUAUUAUUCUUAUCUUAACAGCUGCCUAAACCCCUUUUCCUGACAUUCAGGCCAGCUGAGGCAGCUGCAAUUCACUGAUUUGCUUCAUACUGCUAAAACAUAUAUAAAAGACUGGCAUAAAAAAAAAUCUUAAGGUUUUAACAGUGUAAGGAAGGGAAAAGUUUUUUUUUCCAUAUCAGCAAACAUCAAGUUUUAUCUAUAUUCAAAAUGGUGGAAAAAUGUUAAGUCAUUUAGGAACACAGCUAUGUAACUCAAAUUGUAAUGCGAAAGCAGAUUUUUUAGAAGGCAUUCUUUAUCCCAAGACAGUUUAGUUUAUGCUGGGAACUGUCCAUUACAAGAAAACCUGUGUUGUCAAGUCAAGUUGCACCUUUGAUGAAGGGCUUCACUGGAGCAUGACAGCACCAGCAUUGCACAGCUUGCACCCCACUAGAAGGCCGCCCUGGAAAGCUGCACGGCAAGAAGCCACAGGCAAGAAUGCACAUCCACAAGGAGCAUUUUUUUUUUUAUGCCAGCACAUCUACAUUUCUUACUGGAAGCCCUUUAGUUAAAAGCUUGUCUGCAUGUUAAGGCGUGUGCCCCCAUAAUUAUGCUGCUAGAACUGCUGCAUAGUGCAGUUGUGUCUGCCCUUGCCUUCUCAAGAGGAAUAGAAAGGAUUUUGCAAAUAGCUUUGACAGCCCAUUAUUCAAGCUGUGCUAUAACCAAAAAGUUGGCAAGGCUGAAGAAGGUGAUUUAAAAUAAUAGCGCUGGUGCAACCUGAAGUAGAUUAAAAGAGCUACUUUUUAUACCUUCUGCUGGCAGAGCUAUGAGGCACUGCCAUUCUCAGCUGCUCCUUGAGAUCCAGAACAUUUGCACAGGUUAGAAGGCUGAGGUAUGGACAAGAACAGGCACGGCAAUGCUGUUGUCUCCCUAGAUAAUGCAGAUAUGCCAGCUAAGCCCCCCAGGCAAUGACACGGCUGGAGCCAUCUUUGUGAGUUUCUGGGACUGAGGUCAACUCUUAUUGGUAUUCUUAAUUAGCUAAAUCAGUGUGACCUGAAUUUUUUUUUUCUGCAUUCUCUCAUGAAAUUAGAAAUAAAAUUGCAAGAUGAAUUCUUAUCUGACUAGCUUGUAGGGUACCUGUUCUAAAUAAUCCCAAGUUUGCUGUUGCAUGUUAAUGGUUUAAACCUGUAUCAUACACACGCACUGAACAGAGAGCUCACGUGUUCGGGGUCAGAAUCAUUGCUACUGAAACAAAAAAAUUUUAGAAUGUUAAGAAAAGAGCACUUCAGUUAUAGGAUAGCUGGCAGGAGCUGAACAUUGUUUAGGUGAUCAAUACUUGUGUGUAUACCUGUAUGAAAUACCCACUGCAAUCAGACUGGUAAAUUAGGUCAGUAAUUUCAGAAUGUUUCUAAUUCAUUCUCAGAAGAGAUUUAAAAUAAAUGGCUCAUGUUAUGAACAGUUCUUUCCACAAGUAUUAUUUUUAAAUCACACAGAGAAUGCACACCUAUGUCAAUAUGCCUGUUCAUUACUUUUUUAUGCAAACUUACAAACCUUUAUGAAUAUGAAUUCCACGGAGUUUAGUUAAUCUACCCCAACAUACAACCAUGCCCUAAAUUUCCCAUUAGAGUUCAUAUUUCAUAGUGUUGUUUGGUCUCAAUUUUGAAAACCCCAGCACUUUAUAUUUAAGCCUACAAAUGGCACCAAAUCACGUGGUUGGCCUUAAUAGUACAGACAACUCUUUCCCUGUAUGGCAGGAACAGUGUUUCAGGAGUUCAGCCAGUCUCCCCAGCAAAUUCCCUGCUGUGUUUAAUGGAUCGUUCCCACCCACACUAGCUAGUACCCACAGACAGCAAAAUAAAAGAUUCAUGUAACUGCUUACAUCCAAAUACAAUCAAAUAAUGUCAACAUCCCUUGUACCAAAAAAUAAAAAUAAAAAUACAAAAUUCUAUUUUCCACCUCACACCAAGACUCAGACUUAGAACAGAGCAUGCUAACAUGACUUAUGUUCCUAACUUUUGCUUCAACAACCAUCUUUAUCCUUGACAUUCAUACUUUUAUAUGUUCGUAGCAGCGACAGACUACCCUGGCAUAAGUUUUAUCACAAAUCUUUCUUCAUACAUGGGCAGUAGUUAAGUCAAAAGCAGUUCACAUAUUUCAGCAUCAGCUGUCUUUUAAAUGGCAUCUAAUAACAUUGUCAGAUUACAUGCUGACAUUGAUUAGUACAUCAUUAUUUAAACUAAAACCAUGACAGUAUAUAUUCAGAACCAUAGCUUCUAUUACCCUUUCUGCUCUACCUGUACAUACAACAUUGAGACAAGGAUGGAGGUACAGUCCUAGAGUACAAACCUGCAUCCUCUGAAUAACCUGGAUGUUUUCCAAAGAGCUGAGAGUCCAUCAGUUCUUUCCAAAGUCAUAAGAAUCAUGUGAGAGCUAAUAUUCAGGCAUGUCACUUCAAAGCUUGGCUGAAGUGACAAACCGUCUUUCAAAUUUUACAGGCCCUCUGCAUUUUGAACCUACUUCAGAGAUAAAAUCAGGACUGCAUGAGCAUUAAGGAAAGUUCCUCAUGCUGAACAGUUAGAAGAACUACUUCACAGUUGAUUCAAAACCAGCCUUUCCUCCAUCCAGAUGCAGCACAUCUGACUGACCCUGGUGUGAGAGGAUAUACAGGCAAAGAACUGCUUAGAACUCGCCCUCUCACAGCGCCUGCACGACAUGAAAACACUUCAGCAGUAAAAAGGAAGAACCCGCUACCUCAGCAUAUUGAUAUUUGACCAUUAUUGCAUAUAAACAUAAUCAGAGGACUCUUUUAUAAUGACAGGGUCAAUUUCCUAUUCUGUCCCACUUGACUGCUACAAAGCGGAUUGAUUAACCCACAAAAUGCUCAGCAGAUGUGGCUGUCAUGCCACCUGCACGCACCCCAGGUUAAGCAGCCAUAAUAAAACAGAACAGGCCCCAUUACUCUACCUGAUAGGUGCCAGUUGCAUUGUUACUACACUCACCAAAUCCUGUCAUGUUCAUUUAUGGUGUUCUGUGGUUAUGACCAAUACAGCAAUACAGAAACAAUUACAAAAUAAAAUGCAUGCUCCUACUCUUUGUGUAUUGUGCUAUUUACUUCUCAUUUGGUUUGCCCUUGAGCAGUUUUCUUGAAAGUACUUGGGGUAUAAUACAGAUAAAUUUUUCCACAUGGAUUUACCAUGAUACGGGCUCCACAGUGCAUGCCUGUGGAGAGAGAUGAAUGUCCUCUUGUUUUAUUGGUUGGGCAGAAAGGCCCAAAGUCCAGCACUUCAGGUCAGAGUGACAAAGAAGGCUCUCCUGGGAAAGCGUUGUGACACUCCUAAGAGACUGGAGAAGGAAGUACAUUCUAUUCAGAGCAAUGCUAUGUGAAGGUAUUUAUACUGAAAGGCCACUAUACCAAGUGGCCCACAUUUCACCUCUGGUGUCUUAAUGCCUCAGGAUUGAGCAGACAUAGUCAGCUGUCUGACUGCAGCAACCAGGCUGGAAAACAAAGGAAGGUGGUUAAUUGCAUAACUUGUGGCUAAGUCAUAGCAAAGGGUGUUGUAAAUAUUACGAGUUUACAAGAACCUCCUACAGGUAACACACAGACAUAUGUCAAAAAUCCCAAGACUGAUGCCUAGCUCAGGCAGUCCAUGUCACACAAAUGGUUGGCAGUAUAGGCGCAAUUCUCGCCCAGUCUGUUCUUGUCUUCUUUUCUAGAAGUAAGGUUUCGGCUACCAUCCAGGACAGGAAGCUGGGCUAGUUGGAUCUUCCAUUUCACCCAGAGCAGCUGCUCUUAGGAAAAUCACGUGUACUUCACUCAGAAGCCAACCACUAUCAGGAGAAGUCAGACCUAUCCCUUACCCUCCACAUCUCUCUUAUGGAAAAUAGGCACACAGAUAGGUGGUGUCUUCACUGCAUCGCAACAAGAAAGCACUCUGCAUUUUGAUGAACCAGGACAGAGGAAACUAAGGUAUAUGAAAAGCUGUCUCCUUCACUGGCACUAGGGCAUUGCUGGAGGUAAGCAGCCUCCAUCCCUGACCUUGACAGUGCCAAAAUACACCUGUGGAUAGAUAGUAUGAAACAUGUUCUUCCCUUUCCCUCCCACCAUUCCUUUCCUGCCAUUUACAAGUGACCUGGAAUUGCUCCUCCCUCUCUACAACCUUGAGAAAGUCCUGCCUGCACUGGCUACCGCUCAACAGACUUCAGUGUAUCUGCAUAUGUAAUAGUUUUCCUCCAGAGGAUGGUGUAUACCAGAAAAGACCAUCAGCACUUUGUCCUAUUGCAACACGUCUGUCUUGGGAACAGCACGGAUUCCAGAGAGACCCACAUCUGGCUUCACCGGACCAGAGCAGCAGAUAUUUGCAAAAUCCCCUCUCCAAGGCAGAAUAUUCACUUUCACUUUACAGUGCACACCAAAGACUGGGACUAAAAGACUGACAACAACCACUUUCUCUCUCUCAAGAGCCAAAAGAUCUAAUUUACCUCCUGGAAUAGAUGCUUGCUUUAUACAUUAUUUUUGAAAACUGGGAAUCAGUGAAAACUGCUAUAAUUCUUCCCUCCUGCUUUAUGUCAUAUUCAGAUCCAAGUUUAUCUACUAAAAUCAGCAAUGGAAAUACCUUCUUGUGCAACUCCGGAUUUUUGCGUCCCACCCAAUUUUCAGCAUGGAAUUAUAUUGCCCAAGAAGAAAUGCUAGCAAAACAAGACACAUCAAGAGCUUUAAUUUUUUUUUUAAGUCUUCAUGGGACUUAGGACUUUUUGUCAUCAGUUCCUUGGAAUUCACAAAAUACUAAUUCAUUUGCACUUCCAUUUUGACCAGCAUCUUCUGCUUUCCAGGAGCUCCACACUCCUCAUCAUAAGGGUAUUGAACUAGAUCUUUAUUAGUACACCACUGUGUAAAAUGGACCCUUUUUCUUUUCUACACUUAAAACAAACUAGAACAUUUUGAGACGUUUCUUUGUAAGUUUUCUCCCAUGCCCUUCUCGACAAGAGACAAGAUGUUUUCAUAGAUUCAUUUAAGUGUUUUUUUCUGUAAUUCUCCUUCUGAUGCUAGAUGGCUGCCAGCACACAGGCUUUCAAACCAACCCUCAUCAGCACAUGAAGGUGUUUUCAAAACAAAAUAGUGAUCAGAGGAACCUACUGCAAAUCUGUCUCUGUCUUUCCCCAACCCUAGCCUACCAUGGUAUUUCUAGCUUUUCCCCAGGUGAUUUUCAGCCUUUUACAGCCCUUUUUAUAAUGUUCAAUCAGCCACUCACCUCAUACCAGCGUUCCACCAUUAACUUGGAACAAAAAACCUCUUCAGAAUGAACAAAACACCAGAAUUAAAAUUUGGCUAGGCAUCGUCUGUCC